AUGCCCCCCGAGUCUCUGACAGACCGGCUGUACACUCUCAAGUCUGACGUGUGGUCCUAUGGGGUCCUCCUCUGGGAGGUUGUCACCCUCGGAGCCAGCCCUUACUCUGGUCAGUCAGCCCGGCAGGUGAUGAUGUCGGUCAAAGAUGGGAAGAGGCUGGAAAAGCCAGACUACUGCUCGGAUCACGUGUACAAGUUGAUGACGCAGUGCUGGCGGACUCACCCGGGAGACAGGCCUACCUUCUCCAAACUGGCCGAGACUAUCGAACAACACCUGGAGGAGGAGGCCGAGUAUGUACAACUCAGCAACUUUGACGUCAACAUUUACGACGUCAUCGACAUGGGAGGCAUGGACGUCAUGGAGGAGAAAGUCUAAGACGGUGGCGACAGAGGUCAUGCCUAAUGACAGUCAGUUUGAAGUUGACGAAAAAUAUGUCAGUUUAAACGAAAUGACACAAUUAGGUAUAAUUGUUUGUUAGAUGAGGACAUGUGUCAAUGUGUUCAAUGUGACACAUCCAGUUGCCAGUUUGUUAAUAAUACUAAACAUUUAGUUUAUUCAAAUAUACAAAACUAUUAUCUUAGAUAGAUGAUGCAAUAUUUGUGAUUCUAUACAAACUCACACAUUUCAUACAAAAUGACACAACUGGUUGCAAUAGAAUAAACAUUAGUGUAUUCGUAACAGUACAACUAGAUGCAGUUACAGUCAAAUCCCGUUGUGUCGAACUCGUAAGGACCAAAGGAUAAGUUCGACUUAUCCGAGUGUUCGACACAUCCGUCACCGAUGAAUUGCAAUGUAACACAAAAUCAAAUAGACAUAAAAGAAUCAAACUAACGCGGACUGCAAUAAAAACAACAGACAUACUCCAGAAAAAAAUGCAUAAUUUGUGUCACCAAAAUAAAAGAAAGCUCUUUAUGAAACUGUCAUCAUUUUUUUGUGCGUUUUCCUAGUUUGUUACAUUGGCGCAUUGGCACCUAAAGGAACAGCGCG